UGUAAUCUGUCAGUUAUGGAAUUAUCAGGUUCCAAAGGCCGGAUCCAUUGUGGAAUCAAGUAAAGAAAAGGACAAGAAUUGGCAACAGGCCAUGGGCCUAUUUCUUCAGUGCCAACACUUCUAUUCUAUUCUAUUUGUAGCAUUUGUUAGGAUGUAGUGUUGAGUUUUUUCAUCCUAAAGUCUUCAGAAUGCUUGAACAAGUUUUAGAUGAUAUUGUCAUUGAAGCUCAGGCUCUGAGGCUUCCAUCCGUGUGCCAAGCAGCUGAGGCUGCCAAAGCUGUACUGAGCUCCCGAAAUGAUCUGCUGCAGUUGCCCACUCAUGAGCUCCGUCUCACGUGCCUGACAGCCUUGCAGCUCUCCCUGCAGUCCCACUCUACCAAGCUGGUGGCUCUUGCUGUCUCAGGGCUAAAUAAGGUAGUGCGUGACAAGCAGUUCCACAGCUGCACUUGUGAGAGCAGCCCCCAGGAGCAGCUCAGCUCGCAGUUCAUGGUCGUCACAGCGGACAUACUCUCGCACACGGUCCUCACUCAAACACAAGUCCUCAAAGUAUGGAGCGCCAUGUGGACGGUGCGCUCAGCAGGCACAGCUGCCGUGGAGGCCGUGGUGCACAUGUGUGGCAGAUGCUACAGCUGCUCUGCCGCCACACACCUGCUACACGCAGCUGCAGUUACAGCCGCUACAGCUGCCAUCACAGCACUUGUUGCUCACCUCUAUGAUGAGUACAGUAGCGGGGCAGAGGUGUCCGAGGCCUCGGUGUUCGACAGACUCCUGCCGCUGCUGCAGCUCCUCACACGCAACAUCAACGCCUCGGCCAAGUCUGGGAGCUGCAGCAGUGCAGGAGAGGAGACGGUGUCAGGCGUGUAUGUGCUGCACUGCUGCUCUGCUCUCUUCUCUGCUCUGCCUGCUCCUCCGUCCUCUCGCUCCUCUACUUCUGGUCUAGUGAGUGCAGAGCUGGUGUACAGUGUAGGCAGUGUGGGGGAGGUCAGGCCAGUACUGCAGUGUCUCCUACAGCGCCUCCUGCAGCAGUCCUCCCUCCAGCACCGCAUCACCGCCAUAGACGCGCUCUCUCAGUUGGUGAGCUCAGCGGGCCAGCUGGUGGUGUUCGCGGGCCCCAUCCUGCGCCCCGACCCCGCAGCCUCGGACCGCUCUCCGGACCACUUGGCCCUCUUCCUUACCUUCAUCGAGAGUCUGGGCGAGUGUGAGGUGGCAGAGCAGCCCGGCCACCACGCCAGGGACUCUGGUGCUGGUCAGCUGAUGGAGGCUGUAGUGUCAGCCAUAGAGAGGCUGCUGUCAUCCCUGGAGGUGCUGGCGUCAGGUGAAGAGCUCACUUCUGCUGUCAUACAACUUGUCAACGACUCCUGGGCGACGCUGGCUGACGCUGACUAUAAAGGUCCUGCUGUUUACCACAGCAACGCUGGUGCUGCUGCACCUCCAACAGAACUGAGCAGCAGAGAAGUUAGUAAUGAUGCUGCCGAAGUUAUUGGCUCUAAGCCUGUUGAGGGCGAGUCUUCCGACUGCUGUCCGCUAGAGCCGGGGAACACGCCCCCCACUGAGGGAUGCCAGCGACCCUCAGCUGAACCUCCCAACACAACUGGCCCCGAAUGCCCCUCUGCCGAUCCCCCCUCAUCAGAACCCCUCUCAGCCGAUCCCCCCUCAGCAGACCCCCCCAACACCUCUGACCCCGACCCGCCCCACGAGAGCGCGUCAGACGACGACGAGAGGAGUUCUGGCAGCUGCGAGCCUGUUCCCCAGGCUACCGAAGACCCUGAAAUGCAGGACGGCGAAGGUGAGAGCGAGAACGCGCGUCAUUUCGUGCGGGCGCUGGUAGAGCUGCUGCCACGGCUGCUGACCAUCCGCUCGACCAUCGAGGUGGACGAGGCCUUACUGGCCUUCUCUUCCCGCUACUGUCAAGGUAUAUUCGACGAGAGCGGCAGCAGCAGCGGUCACCGCAUUAUCCUGAACGCGGACGGCAUUUAUCUUGCGACGUACGCAUCGCUGUGCCUCAACCUGCAGCUCAUCACCUGCGGCUGGUACUGCUCGACGCGAGACCCUGCCUCGCUCCCCGUCUCCCAGUCACGGUUCAUCGGCGAGGUGCACGGCAGUGGCGUGCUGGUGUAUCUGUCCACGUCGUGGCUGCAGCAGCUGUACAGACUUGUGUGCGCCGACAGCUUCUUGCAGCGCGCGGGAUACGAGCCUGCGCUCCAUGCGCACUGCGCUCUUGUGCGCGCCCUUACAGACGCCAUGUGCAGCAGCGCCGCGGACGGCAGGCGCGGCACUCAGCUGCUGUCUGACCACCGUCGCCUGCUGCAGGCCGCCGCCCUGCCCCACCAGACGCAGGCCGCCCUAGCAGGCACGAAGUUGUGCCGCCGCAUCCUAAGCUCGUGCUGGGACACGGUGCUGGGGGUGCUGGGGAGUGCACUGCGCUCCCUGCGCACAGAGCGGCGCUGUGGGGCGGUCAUGUUGUCCCCCUUCAGGACGAUGUUGAGGGGCGGGCUGGUGGCCGCGGUGGGGGGCAGCAAUGCGUUUAGUGAAGAAAUGCUCCUCGCGCGCUGCCUGGGCGCCUUGCAAGCCUCCGCCAGACUCGCUACGCUCUUGGGAUUACAGAGCAAGUGUGGGCUGGUGUUCUCUCUCCUGUCCUCGACAUGUUUCCCUGAUGACAUGUACAGCGUACGUGGCAGUGAUGCAGGCAAGCACAGCCUGCGACUGUACAGAGCACAUGUGCUGUCCCUCCACGUCAUCAUGGCCUCUGGCCUCGAACUGGCCUCACACGCGCCUCAAUGCUGGUGCCACAUUUUCAGAUGUUGCGUGUACAUCAGUGAGCUGGAGCGCCUGAUGUUCAGCGAGAGCCACGCUGCGGACGCUACUGAAGGAGGCAGGAAGAGCGGCGUCGCUGGCGACCUCCACGCGUCCAGUUCACGGAUGUUUGAUGAGGCGGCGACACAACUGAACCUGCACGCGGUGCUGGGGUUCCUGCAGGAGCUGUGCGCCGCGUCCCGAGCACAGCUCUUCCCCCAGCCCCACAGCCAGGACCACGUCCCCACCAGGCGGGUCUCGCAUGUCCUGCCCUGGCGACGGAAAAAACUCCAGCGUGAGCGUGGUGGCUCAUGUAGCGGGGCGCCGCCCCCUGCAGGCGCUGAGGGCGGCGGAGGGCCGUGGCUGCUGCAGCGGCUGGCAGGGGCGCUGCUGAGGCUCGUACGGUCAGGCCGCCCUGUGCUGCACAUCAUCAAGGCCUGGGGGGUCGUCGCCCCCCACCUCAUGGAGGCUGCGUGUCACCGCGACCGUUGCGUGACUAAGACGGCCGUGGCCACCAUACACGACGUCGUGAACUGUCUGCUAGCCAGCCAGACCGAACUGCCGCACUUCCACUUCAACGAGGCUGUCUUCAAGCCCUUCCAGAACUUGCUGUGUCUUGAGAUGUGCGAUUACGAAGUCCAAGAUCAGAUCGUGAGCAGCAUUUGUGAGUUCGUGGAAGGAUCAGCAGCAGAGAUCAGGUCAGGCUGGCGGCCGCUGUUCGCUGCUCUUAAGGCCGUACGCCCCCCGCCAGCGUCCCCCCUGCACCCCCAUAAUAUUGGAGCCGUUGGAGAAAUUCGACUUCUGCGCGACAUUUUCGACGCGUUCCUGGCGACGGACAACCUGCAGGUGUUCGCUAACGCUGCCCUCGACUGCAUACUCUGCCUUCUGAACCACGUCAAGGGUUCUGGCGGGGGCCCCGAGUGUGGGGAGGAGCGGGUGCUGCCCUGGGGCGAGGUGGUGGCGGGAGACGAGCUCUGCAUCAACGCCCUACGCUACCUGCACACCACCUGCGCCAUCAUCGCUGCCAUCAUCACCAUGCCCGCCUGCCCCAUCUUCCAUGCUGGGAGACCCAUGCAACUGUGCGGGCCCGAGGAAGGCCGCGUGGUUGACUGCUUCAUCAGCCUCGUGGACGAGGAGCUGCUGGCACGGCUCGUGCGACAGCUCCCGACGUCUGGUGCUGGGGGCGACCUCGCCGGGGUGCGGGAAGGCACCCUCUGGCCGAGGGAGGAGCGUGUGUCCCUGAGCGCCGUGUGUGAGGCGUGUGAGGGCGCUGCCAGCAGAGGGCUGCUUGUCUGGUACUCGCUGCUGUCAGGUCUUGCUGGCACUGUCAUCAUCUGCCAGCCUCGCUGUCAGCCUCAUGUGCUCGACACGCUCUUCUCACUCAUGCGCACGCUGCCGCAGCAACCAGGGUUGCUGUUCGGCCUGUACUGCGUGAACCACGUACUGCUGCCGCUGCUGCAGGACUGGCUGCGUCGUCCUGCUAGCGUCAGCUCCUGCAAGGACGCAAGUCGCUCAACGGACUCCGUGAACCCCGUGCCGCCGUCGUGGGAGUUUGCUGCCACAUUCAAGCAAUACGUCGGCCUCACCACCGACCUCGUCGUCGGGUACCUCAAUACUUAUUUGACCUCGCCCACUGAUGAACACUCAGGUGAGCUUGAGCGCAAGGGCGCGGUGCUCAUGCUGCAGCAGACGCUCGUCGUGCUCGUGGAGUGCAUCGCGCAGUCCAACGAACUCAUCGCCAGGCUCGGCUGCUCUUGCUUCAGACACGUGGUGUGCAGCUGUGGACCUCUGCUACCUCCCCAGCUGUGGGACAUUCUCCUGGCUGGUCUCAUCAGGGCUGUUAAGGUGAGCCUGUAUCCGACGCUGCAGCUCGUGUCGCUCUUCAGGCGCGACUCGCCCAACUUCUACGGGGACUUGGGACGCGUUCAGGUCGCCGCUCGUCGGGACUGCACCGAGGCUCACACCGCACGCUUGAGGCACCUUGCCAACCAGGUAUUCCUUCUGGAGUCCCAGCAUUUAGAGUCUGUAGCCUCAGCUCUCUACGAAGGGUCCGACACCGAGGAUCGUUCUUUCAUCUUCCUUCUGUACCCGAAUCUUGGGCCCGACGAAACUGAAAGCCUCCUCGUAGGUGAUAAAUAUGGCAGUCUGAAUAGUGGUCACGACGCUGACUUCAGCCCUAACUCUGCGAGGAAAUUCAGUGCCUCUGAAUUGAGAUGCAGCGACCUCCUGCAAGAACAAAUGGAGCCUGUCAGAGUCCCUUUCCGAUCUGUCGUUAUUGGCUUGCUAGCAAACCAAGUUUUAUUGCAAACCAUAGGAAGUGUUUUGAUAGAAGGAUCUUGUCAUAUCAUCCCUAGCUUGGCCAAUGUCCUGAUGCAAGGAGUCGAGUAUAAAUGCAUGUUUGAUAAGACAGGCAAACAUCAUAGUUCUUCCGCUAGCCAUAACGAACACUCGGCUGAAGAUCUUCCUGGCCUACUGAGGAACUUGCAGCCUCAUCAUGUGCGCUCAUUGCUUAGCGCUCUCGAUCUAUCGUAUUCCUGCGCCGUGCAGUUCGAUAUGCGACCAGGCCUGAAAUUCCUCAUCCAGAAAGUGGCUAUGUGUGAUCGAGCUGCCAACUUAUAUCGUCAAGCGGGUGCAAGUUGGACCUUACGAGCGGUUACUCUCAUUCACUUGGUCCUGGACGCUCACAAGAAGAAACUGGUCACAGUCGACGCUGUGAGGGAGGUAUUGAAACGACAAAUCUGCGAUGCGACGGAUGAAGCAAUGCAACACGGGUUACACGUAAAAGAAUACCCGAACAUGUCCCCUUCACUUACUCACAAUGGAUGUUCAGGAAAAAAAGAUUUUCAAAGACCUACUACUCUAGUUGACAAGAACUUGGAAGAGUACAUCAGACUUCUAAGUGGAUGCUUCAAGGAUUUGUGCGACGUGUACUUGGACUUGCGUGCCAACAAAGAAAAACGUGAAGCUGAGAUCGAUAACGUGAGUGACCAUGAACCACUUUUCUUUCUCUCCAUCAAAGCGGAUGAGUUCUGUACUGAACACCGUGUUAAUAUCGAUCAGUGGGAGAAGAGUUUGAGACAAUUUGAUCGAAAGUUCUUGAAGGGGAAAAUAUUUCACCCUGAGGAGGCAGAAGGCUAUGAAGAUCUCUACGCCAGCUCCUCUGACAUGGAAGACUCCGAGCCUGGAGCCCCAAUGAUGGAAGUAACGACCGAGCCUUCAAACGCGACAGGAGACGACGGCAGGAAAACAAACACAUCAGCACCAGAAACUCCCGUUAGAAAUCCUUUUAUGCUCUCAGAUUUUGUUGACUCCUCGGCGAGCUCAAAAGCUGGCGACGCGUCAGACUCGGACGACUCGAGUUUGCCGGAGUUUAGAAACGGCGACUCCGGAGUCGCAAGUGUCACAGCUAACGGCGAGGAGCAGGUGUACCGUGUGACGACCCGCCAGGAGAUCGGCAGCAUCGUCGACGACUACCGCCGCCGCAAGACCGUCCACGCGCCCCCGGCUAGCGCCGUGCGCCGUAACCCAUUCGACCCGCAGCCGCGUGGAGAUGCCGGGCCUGCGGUGCCGCCUGAGAUCUACAAGCAGCGCGACGACAGCCUUACCAAAGACAGCGAGGCGCAGUGCCACGUGUGGACGGAGUUGCUGACGAGUUUGUUUGAUCUGCUGAGCGAACUCUCCGACUCUGACCUGCGCGUGCUGCUGCCACUGGUCUUCCCGAGCCUGCAGAACCUCACGGCUGAGGCCACUCACCCUCACCUACGUCAGCUCAUCGCUCAGCUGCUCGCCAGACUCGGCUCCAUCUACGGCUUCAGUCCGGUCUCUUGAGGCUGUAGCAUUGAUCAUUUUUUUAUUUUUCCUUUACUGUAUCGUCUAAAUUUGAGAACAUUUCUUGAGACAACUCGUCAUACAAGCUCGAAACAAAGAUUCCGGUUCUGUCAGUUCAUGUCCACUGCUGUUAUUCUUCGAUUUUGUUGAGGUCAGAAAUUAACCAGGCUCGGGUUGAAAAGGUUAUUGUUUGUUCUACAGCCAUAUCUACGUUCUGAUGUGUGUUCAUCGAGAUCUUGCUACAUUUUUUCAGUGUGAAUUGAAAUUUUCCCUACUGUCAAACUUUUCUUAUAUAUUUUAUGAAAAUUGCGUUUUUUCUGAAGUCAGCAGAUAUCAAAAUCAUUCAAAAUAAGAGGCACUUGCAGAGAAUAACCUCUCAAUAAUUUUGAAUUAUUCUGUACAAAAAUAUGAAUUAACAGUUACAUACAACGCUUAUUCAGUCUCGUGUAAAGGCAGGGACAAAUUAUUAUGCAUUCGUUAGUUGUGUUUAUGGUAGAAUUAUAAAUAAUAAUGACUUGGAAGGAAACUUUUAUUUCAUGGACAUUCGCAUUUAUACUACUUAGUGCGUGCCAAAAAAAAAAAAAUAUCUACCACCGAAUGUUCUCCAUGAUCACGAAUAGGCCGUUACAGUUUACCCAUUCAUGAGUCUGUCUUAAGUGUAUUGGUGUAGUGUGAACUGAUGGCAGUGUCGUGAUACUUCACUCUGGCUUGUGCUACAAUGGCCACAAGGCAGUCUUCAACAAUUCUCUUCUAACCAUUAUUAUUGAAAUGAUUUUCUUUGCCGUAGUGAAACAAAUAAAGCGAAGUUAAAACUGGAUAAUCAUUCCUGGGACAUGUAACAUUUUUUAUACUUGUGUUAAGUUUCGUGUUAUUUUCUGUUCAUGCCUCGGAUAUGAAUGCACUGCCACUAGUCGAAUCCCUAAAUUAAUUUAUAAUUAAAAAUAUAACUUCUAGCGGGUGUUCAGUGGACCAGUUGAGCCCCUGUAGUUAUUCUAAAGUUUUGUUUCAUUUCCGUUGAUCCGCCUCGUAAUUUGGAUCACAUUCUAUGUUGUUAUUAUGUUUGUAGUAAUUAUUCGGGUUGAAUCGAUCUGCUGCGCUUUCGUUAUCUAUUGAGUCUUUGAUGGGUGAUCUUGUAGAUGUCGUUGACUGUGGAGCAAACGCCGUGUUUGGUAAAUUUUCAUUGCGUUUCAUAUUUGCUUUACUAACUUGUAUUUGUGUGCGCUUGGGUAUGUUCUUGUUUUGUGCGCGCUUGGGUAUGUUCUUGUUUAUAAUCACGUAUUGGUCUAUAUUUCUGGUAACUGUGGUAAUAUGGUAUAUACCUCACGUUUUGCUAAUUAUAUUUUGCUGGAAGUGAUAUGGCUUCAAAUUUUCGGGCUUCGGCUUAGUUGUCAAUAAUAACUAGUCUGGUAUGUUGCCGUGUUAAUGGUGGUCUAGUCAUUAUUGUUAAUAGAGACUGAAUUACUUUUCUCGUUGCAUUUCAUUCUUACUGUGUGUUAUUUUUUAACUCGUGUAAUAUAAUUAAUCCAUUAUAACUUCAAAUGUAUUUCUACUUAUCACAUGGUGUAAUCCCAGGCUAUCCCUCACUGGUAUGCACGCUUGAAAUGCUACCGAAGGCCCAAUGGUAGCCUAAUCUCAUUUGAUUUUACAUUUGCUGAGGUCCAGGGGUACAUGUUUUUGCUUCGCUUAUCAUUUGGUUGGUUUAUUUUUUAUCAUUUCACUCUUAAGCUCACACUUUGAUAUCGAUGUCUCGAAGCUUUCUUGCGAGAUCAUAUUCAGUAUAAUAUAAUAUCGGCUCCUAGAACUAUCGCUCGUGAGAAAGAAUCCUAUUUUUUUUAUUUGUGUAAUGUUGCGCAAAUUUCCAUGCUGGUGUGAUUAUAUCAUUGGCGGAAAACACAAUUUCAAUCACGGUUUCAGACUUAUUAUUCUGAUCGAUGGGUUUCAGCACCUAUUCAAUCUUCUCAUUGAUGUUGACAAUAAAGUGUUAUCAAUGUAAUCCGUGUUUAAUUGUGAUCAUGCAUUUGCUCUCACUC